CUUUUCCGGUGUGUCGCAGUGUUUUUCCGUCUGACUUGACCCUGUGGGAAGAAGGAGUCCAUGAUGACAACUUGAAAACAGUAUCCUGGAGAGCUGACUACCUGCUGGAUACUGGUCGGCAGAAAGGUUCGUGUCCUGAGUGUCGCCUCGGUUCGGGAGCGGCUCAGCGGAGGAACGUCCACCAACCGUCCGGCUAACAUGAGCUCCGGCGGCUGCAACUGUUGUUUACAUCCAGCCCAGAUGAAGAUGGGCCCGGAGAGGCGUGUUAGCUAACCCGGCUACCCGAGCUGCUUCCAGGGAAGGUGUCAUUGGAAAGCCUGCUCUGUCAGGACCGGGGAGGUCCACCCGAACCGCCCGCCGCCUGAAGGGGAUGGAAGUGUCCUCCCAGGACCCACCUCUUGUGGCCAUGGACCUGUCAAAGAGCUACAACCCCCGGACCUGCAACCAUGCCGAGGCCAUGGACCUGGCCAAGAAGCCGGAGUGGUACCACCACAGCGCAGACGGAACCUCUACAUUUAGGUCCAGAGUCUCGGGGUCCUACAGCUCUUCUGGGGCACCCAUCCAGCAGGGCCCUGAGUCUUUGGGGUCCUACAUGAAUUCAAACCUCGCAUCGGGGCUGGAUCUGUUUCACGACCAGGUUCACAGCAGCCUGUGGCACGCCGGAUUCUACGGAACAGACCAAAGCAGUGGCCCGGUUCCUGAAAGUAGCGGUGGAGAGGAGAGCGACAGCGGUUCUGAUGUCAUCUUUCUGGUUUCCUCGACCAAGGAGCCACUCUUGUGUGGUUCUUUCAUCCAGGAUGGUGUAGGGCACAUUGUUGAGCCCCUGUCCCCCACCACGUCCUCGCCAGAUGAAGGGCAAGGGUGCUAUUUCCUACCUCAGCCCAUGAGCUCUCCUAGUCCCGACACUUCGUACUCCGAGGAAUCCUCGGACAGCUCAGUGGACGUUCCCGUGCAUCACAACAGGCCCAUAGUCCUUCUAUCGGAUCUCAGGGCUGUGUACAGAAACCCCACAGAAUCCGAUGUGGACGUUUCAAGUGAAGACAGUGACGUGAUCGAAAUUUCCGUCACCGACAACAAGAAGACAAAACUCUGCUGUAAGGAGAGUCCUCCUCAGAGCGAGAGUAAGACGUCUCGACCCAGAGAGAGAAGACACAGCGCCAGGAUCAGGAAGUCCGUCUCAGAGUCCCCUCAGUUGUCCAGCAGCUCGCUACGGCACAGCCUGAAGAGACGGGUCAAAAACGAUGCUGUGGGCAUUUACAAUGAGAACUGUGACUCUGACAACCUGAUGGAGCUAGCAGUGAAGUUCUCCAGCUCAGAAGACUCGGUCUCACAGCCAGCGCUAACACAGAGAGCGAGCAGCCCGUCAGAGGAGUCCGAUGCGGACGUCCAGACAGACAGGAAGUCUCCUCCUAAAGAUGAACAGCCUCACUGCAAAGCAUCAUACUCAAAGACUGUUAAUCGCAAACACCUGAAGCAGCUCACUGGUCCCAAAAUGAAAAGGUUGAGUAAAACCCAGCAGAACCAAGCCCACCGAACCACGCAGCAGCAGGUGACCUUGGCCUCCAAGAGCUCAGCAGGGAAGAGAAAGGCUCGACGAAGACGGAGGAAGGUCCAACACUCUGGACCUCCUGAUCUGUUCCCAUCCAGAGAACCAGAAAUGUUACUAAAAUAUUUAAAUGCUAAAGAGCAAAGAAAAGAGAGGAAGCCAGAAGCUUUCUGCCCAUUUGUUCACGUUGAGCAGCGGGUGUGCCGGGUGGUGAACUGUCAGGAGGAGGAGGAGGCCACGGUUCGGAGCAGCAGGGGGCAGCAGAAAGCCCCUGGGACCAUCCCUGGGUUCAUCCCCUCCACAUCUUGCUUCCAUCUGGGUCGGCCCAGCCCAGACGGCCAGCAGCAGGCUGAGCUGAUGUGCUGCCUUUGUGGGCAGACAGCCAACACCAUGGGUUUGGGAGACCUUCAUGGGCCGUACUUUCCCAGCGGCCCACUGGGUGACAGUUUCACCUGCAGGACCGAGCAAAAGAACGAGGUACACAAACUUCCUAAUGGCCAUUUGCCAAAUUCCUCAGGAGACGACUGCAAUGCUGACAAAGGUCUGCUCAGAGCUGACGGCGUGUCUACCGCUAAGGUGCCUGUUUUUCUGGAUGAGCGCUGGAUCCACGAGGACUGUGGGAUCUGGUCUGCGGGGGUCUUCCUGGUCCGAGGGAAGCUGUACGGUUUGGAGGAGGCAGCUCGGCUCGCUCAGGAGACGAUUUGUUCGACCUGCCAUCAAGCGGGAGCAAUUAUGGGAUGUUUCCAGAAGGGCUGCUCCAGAAAUUAUCACUUCACCUGUGCCAUUCAGUCAGGUUGUGUCCUCAACGAAGACAACUUCUCCAUGAGAUGUCCCGAACACAAAAAUAAAACCUUCACAUCUACAACCAGACAAGACAAGAGAUGACACAGAAGACACGUGGGGGCCACAGAGAACGUUCCUCACUUCUCCUCAGGGUUGGACUCGAGCUGUGACUCCACCUCAGCUGUUCAGUAAAGCUGCGUCUGCGGCUCAGACAGAAGGCGGGCAGCCGUCAUGACUGAAAUGGGGCCCGUCUUUCCUUUGCUUUUAGAAUCAACUUGUUCUGUUCUGUUAGUCUUAAUGUAAUGUUCCACAUGUAGUUCUGGCCCGAUCUGUUGCUGCUCACAUGGACUCUAAUAUUUAAGCCUAGUAAUGAACUCAGAGUUGAACUGACCUCAUGUAUCAGACGUGUUUAAUGUUAAUGACACUUUUUCUACACGUUUUUGUACGACUUUUAUAUUUUCCUGUUCCAGUUUCAGUCAUUUCCCGUUGUCGCAUGCACCAUUGGUAUUUGCUACUAUGCACUUUAUGUUUUAGUUAUUAUUUAAGUCUGUUCUUUCUUUUCUACUGAAGUUAUUUAAAUUUAACACAAAGCUGCACUAAGCUCAAGAGUUUGUCUAAAUGUUAGAGAUGAUGGUUGUGCCCUUGUCUGAGAAAACCUGCACAUUCCUCACAUUCAGGGUUAUUGUAGUUUAUUUAAUCUCUGCUUACACAAUGUGCAAAUCCAUAUUUGAUUUAGUAGCAAAUUUAAUUUAUAAACUGGAAAACGAGCUUCAGAUCGACCAAACCAUAAAAUAAUUUCUGAGAAAAAGGAGAAAAGAUGAUGUGUGGCUAUUUUCUCCAACUGAAAUACAAUUCAGCUUCUUCAAUGGGAAGUUUUUUGUGUAUUAAUUAACUUUUUGUGUAGUUUUAACUAAAUACUUUGGUUUAUGCUGGUGUGAAAUGUUCAUGAUUUGAAGGAUUAAAUAAAACUUGAGAAAACUA